GACUGAAGCGCCAAAAAUAACGUGACCAAUCAGCGACAAGUGGGAAGGGUGCCACUUAGACAAUGUGUAAACACGGCACAUCAGUCCAAUGAGAAGAUACUAGGCUUUGCUGUCCGUCUGCAGAUGUUUUAGGAAGCACGACCACUAAGAGCCGAGGAUAAUGACUGGUUCGUGAUUAACUUUCGGAUUUACGGGAGUAGAAAACGGCGUUUUACCUUUAAUUGACUGCCUGGCAUGACUCUAGGUAAUUGCCAACCCGACGUCUCGCCGAGAUGGGAAAUUCGUAUGCUGGUCAGCUGAAAACAACACGCUUUGAAGAAGUAUUGCAUAGUUCUAUAGAGGCUUCUCUUCGAUCAAGCAACCUGGUACCACGGCCUGUUUUUUCUCAGUUGUAUCUUGAAGCUGAACAGCAGCUUACUUCACUUGAAGCCAACAGACUAGAAAAUGAGGAAGAUGAUGAAGAUGAUGGCUCAGAAUCAAACAGUCCAACUAUCCCUUACCAAAUGAAACCUCCACCUGAAGGGAGUUGUACUACAGAUGGGUACUGCCAAGCAGGGAAGGAUUUACGUCUUGGUUUUGUUUCUUUUGAACAUAAUGAGUUGCCAUCUGGAUUCAUCCUUGUUGGUGCCAAGUCACCCAGUCUUCCUGACCAUGUUUUAGUCUGUGCUGUGGACAAGAGGUUUCUUCCUGAUGAUAAUGGUCGCAAUGCUCUUCUAGGUUUUUCUGGCAAUUGUGUUGGCUGCGGAGAAAAGGGUUUUCGCUACUUUACUGAGUACUCUAAUCAUAUCAACUUGAAAUUAACCACCCAGCCCAAAAAACAGAAGCACUUGAAAUACUACCUAUUACGGAAUGCCCAGGGCUUUCUCACUAAAGGUCCCCUUAUUUCCUGGAAAGACAGCAAAGGAAGGCAGUCUUCAUGUAGCACCUCCUCAAGUGCUCUGUCACAGCUUUCUGAAAGCCCAAGUCCAAUAGCAGCUGAGAACACACCAGCAGUGUACCAAAGUACAUUCACUGGCACCAGUAAUGCAGGUGUUUUAGCAGACCAGGCACUCCCAUCAGCUACAUCAUGUACCUCAGCACUGCAGAAUGGAAGAGACUCUCCCAGACAUCAGCUUGCAGUGAAGACAAGCAGUUCAUCAGCCCAGACAAGACCUUCUGUGAUAGGCACAAUUGCCAAUUCUGGUCCUCCGAAGAAACGACACAAAGGCUGGUCUCCAGAAUCUCCCUCAGGUGCAGACUCCAGUACAGCCCAGAAUAACUUAAAUGCCCCAAACAGUGGGGUUAGAUCAGACAGUAUUACAUCAACAUAUAUGCCUCCAUCAGCAGCAGUCAUUCCUCACAUUUCUUCGAUGUCAGCCUCAGGAGAACCUGUUCUAGUGCCUGACAAUCUACUGAAAGCAUGCAGUACCAGACCUGUUCUCUUUAAAGGUCAUGGCAAUUUUCCAUAUCUGUAUGGAAACCUGAAUGACAUCAUUGUAAGUUCAUUGUUACAAAACUGUUACUUGAACUCACAGUCCUUACCACGGGCUUAUGAACAGUAUGGCACCUCCACAAUACAUCCUCUUUCAGUUGAAAUGCAGAUCCUUUUAACAGUCUAUUACCUGGUUCAACUUGCACCAGACCAAGUACCUCUGAUUGAAGAUUUGGAACAGAUAUUCAUGAGAUCCUGGCAUGAAUCCCACCUUUCUGAAAUCCGACAGUACCAACAGGCUCAUGCACAGGCACAGACUCACGUCCCAAGCCAGAUCACUCUUGUUACCUCAGCACAGCUGGCCUGGCUAGCUCGCCUUGCAGCUAGUACUUGCAGUGAAACUGUUCAUAUAAUUGAAUGUACCACUUCUCUAGCUGAAGGGCUGUCAGAAAUGUUCAAGUGUCUUAUUGAAGGAAAACUGAAAAAAACAAACUUUGUGGUAAUAAUAUGCACAAACAAAAACAAAGGGACUGAAUCCUGCGUUACAGUUACAGGAAGACAUCAAGCUAGAGCUCUGGCAGAAAGCAUGUAUACUCCAGCAGAAUGUCUGAAAGAAGUAGGCUAUGAACUUGCCACUGGAAAAGUAGAAGCCUUGGGGGCGUUUUUUACCACACUCUGCCCAGAAGGUGACAUUGACUCAUUGCUGGACAAACUUCAAGACAGACAUUGUCAGAAUUCUUCAGACUGCACUGCUUCACUGGAAGCAGUAACAGACAAACGACCUACAACAUGCAAGCGGUGCUCUGUAGAGUGGUACCAGAUCCGUCCAGUUCAGUUAGCUGUGGCUCGAAAAUUGCUGUCUCAUGUAUGUGCUAUUGCAGAUUCCAGCACUCAGAAUCUGGAUCUGGGUUCCUUUGAAAAGGUGGACUUCCUUAUUUUUGUUCCUCCUUCAGAGGUGACAUACCAGCAGACAGUGCUUCGCAUUUUGCAUUCAGGUAUUUUAGCAGAGCUUGGAUUAGCAAAUGAGACCAUUACUAAGCAGACUGCGGAACAGUAUGUGGUGAAGCUGGAUGGAGAAGCACAAACAAAAUUUGAAUCACUUUUGCAAAAAUCUGCACAGAAUCCAUAUACUCUUUUUGUUCUAAUUCAUGACCAUGCACACUGGGAUCUUACAAGCACUGCCUCUGCGUCUUACUAUCACAUGGACUCCUCAACAGGCCUUGCUGACAGACUGCUGAACUGCAAAGAUGUUAGAGAAGCCACAAACCUCUUAAUACUUCAUGUAACAUCCUUCCCUUAUGCACUUCAGACGCAACUGACUCGCAUCAGCCCCUAUAAUGAAAUCCAUUGGCCUUCUGCAUACAGUAAUGGUAUGGACUUGUACCAUGAAAAUAAAAAGUAUUUUGGCCUGUCAGAAUUCAUCGAGUCCACACAUUCAGGACACAGCCUGCCAUUGCUGAAAUAUGACGGUUCAUUUGAAUCCAUGGCAAUGGCAGUAGGAGAAAGGUUUCCUAAUUUGCACAGUAUGGUGAUACGAACCUAUAUCCUCAUACAACACUAUGCUGCUGCCUUGAUGGCUGCCUCAGGUCUUGUGCACAUGAAGAAUUAUACCUCUGUUGAAACACUGGAGAUGAUUCAGAAUUUGAUCAACUCUCCUAAGCAGUGCUCCAGUGGCCAUGGAUUCAUGGUAAUGCUAAGAAUUCCUUCCAUAGCACUUGCUUCUGUAGCCCAUGAAAGACUCUGUCAUGUGAGAAAUAGGUUGGGUCUUGAAAAACAUUUUGAAAUUAUCUUGGGAGAUCCCAGUACUGGGCCAAAAAUUGGAAGCCAUUUUGUGGAACAGCUAAAGACUUGGCAAAGAAUUGAAGAUGCUCUGUGGAUGCCGUGUACCUAUGUGGAACUAGAAGCCCUACCCUGUAUUCUUAUAUUCACUGGGAUGGACCCACAGGGAGAAUCACUUCCAAGAUCCUUAAGAUACUGUGAUCUGCGCUUAAUCAAUUCUCCCUGCUUAGUCCGCACAGCACUGGAGCAGGAACUUGGUUUAGCAGCAUAUCUCAUCGGUUCUGAGACAACAGAGGAAAGUAUGACAACUACUGAUAUGUCUGAAAAUGAUCGUGAAAAAAUGACCAGUGUUAACAAUGACGAUGAGGAUCUGGUUGUGGAGGGAGGCACAUCUGGCAAGAGCAGUCCUACACAGCGGCAAAGGUCACACUCUUAUGAUUCCUCAUCUUCAUCAUCCUUUUCUUCAAAAGCAUCUGGUUCAGUGUUUUGUGGUGAGACAACUACAACAGCAGACAGUACUGUUAAAUCACUGCAACAUGCCCGCACCAUCAGCACAGAAGUGUGCAGUGAAACUAAACUGCAGAAAAACAAAGUGGAAUGUGCUGCACAAAAACAUUUCAAUGGCACUGGGAGAAUGGGAAACAUACAAGUUGAUCCAUCAAGUUGGAGAUGUGUCGGCAAAAUGAUUGAUUCUAACUCUUUUUCUUCUUCAGGUUCUGCUAUAACUGCACAGAGUUGCUGUUCCUUUCUUAUGCCUCCCCAGUGCUUAGUGAGGAAAGCUUCCCAACGCCCACCAACAGUGUUUCUUCCCAAAGCAGUCUAUGAUGUUGCUACAUCCAUAGACAGUAGUGGGCAUCCCAAGUCUGCAUCUUUCCUACCCCACUUAACAGUGAGCUGGGCGACUUCAUUCCGUCCCCUUUUAAGUAAAAUGAUGACUUGCACAGAACAAUCAUUGUACUAUCGCCAGUGGACAGUACCUAAACAAAACCACAUGGACUACAGUAACAGAAAUGAGAGUAGGGCAGACAACUUUCAUUCAAGAAGACUUCUACUGAGUGGACCACCACAGGUAGGAAAGACAGGUGCUUGCCUUCAGUUCCUUAGUAUCCUUUCCAGAAUGUUAAUUCGACUGAUGGAGGUGGAUCUUUACGAUGAAGAGGAAGUCAAUGUCCGUAAGUUCUUAAACUAUUCCGAAGAAUGUGGCCAGUAUGCACAUCUGCCUGGAGCUCUGUGGCCUGAUUUGGAAGCUUUUAAGAAGAUGCCAUUUGACUCUAUAGUUCAUGAUCCACGAUAUGACGAUGCAAGCCCAGUUUUCUCAGUGAAGCAUAUCAGCAGUGCUGAAGCAAAGUCAAAUCACAGGAAACAAGAUGAUAUUUAUUUGCGACGCCAGACAACUCGAAUGAGGCUGUCCAAGUAUGCAGCAUAUAAUGCUUAUCACCACUGUGAACAGUGCCACCAUUAUAUGGGUUUUAGCCCAAGGUAUCAGCCUUAUGAGUCCACAUUACAUGCGUUUGCAUUUUCUUACUCCAUGUUAGGUGAGGAAAUUCAGCUUCACUUCAUCAUUCCUAAAUCCAAGGAACACCAUUUCAACUUCAGUCAGCCAGGAGGUCAGCUGGAGAGCAUGCGGCUACCACUGGUCACAGAUAAGAGUCCAGAUUAUGUGAAGACUCCUAUUUUUACACCAACAACAGGGCGACAUGAACAUGGGCUUUUCAACUUAUUCCAUUCAAUGGAUGGUGCCUGUCACUUGCACAUUCUGGUUGUCAAGGAGUACGAGAUGCCAGUAUAUAAAAAAUAUUGGCCGAACCAUAUUAUGCUGGUUCUUCCCAGUAUAUUCAAUAAUGCUGGGGUUGGUGCUGCUCAUUUUCUGAUUAAAGAACUCUCGUACCACAACCUGGAACUGGAACGCAACCGUCAAGAAGAGCUUGGGAUAAAACCACAAGAUAUCUGGCCAUUUAUAGCCAUUGUUGAUGAUUCAUGUGUCAUGUGGAAUGUCUUGGAUUUCAACACAAAUGGAAAAAGUGAACAAAUUCCAUCAGAAAGAAAUGUGUCCUUGAAGUUCAUACUGCAGCACAUUGAAGCAACUCCCAACAUCAUUCAUUAUGCCUUAAUAGGCAUGAGGAAAUGGUCGAGCAAAACCAAAUGCAAAAUCCGAGAUGCGUUCUCCCACUGUCAUGUUCAUGACUUCGUCCUCUUGAAUCUGGACUUAACACAGAAUGUACAGUAUAAUCAGAACAGAUUUACAUGUGAUGAUGUCGAUUUCAACUUGAGAGCUCACAGUGCUGGCCUUCUCAUCUGUAAAUUCAACCAUCUCAGUGUCAUGAAGAAACAAAUAGCCAUAGGAGGACAUCGGACUUUCCAUAUCAAGUCUAAGACAUCUGAGGCAUCAACAGUCAUUUCACCUUCCCAGUACAUCUGUGCUCCCGACAGCAAGCAUACUUUCCUGGCUGCUGCAGCUCAGUUAUUGUUGGAGAAAUACCUACAGUACAAUAGUCAUCACUUAUUUCCUCUGUCUUUGAAGAAUUAUAGUAAUCCAGUACUGUCUGUGGACUGUUACCUCAACCUUGGACCUGAGAUAUGUGUGUGCUAUAUGAGCUCUCGACCACACUCACUGAACAUCAACUUUUCUGGUUUGGCAUUCAGUGGCCUUCUUUUAUACCUCUGUGAUUCAUUUGUUACAGCAAAUUUUCUAAAACAGUUUCAUUUUCUAAAAGGAGCCACAUUGUGCAUUGUAUGUCAGGAUCGUAAUUCCCUUCGGCAGACUGUGGUUAGACUGGAGCUUGAAGAUGAGUGGCAGUUCCGUCUAAGAGAUGAAUUCCAGACUGCUAAUUCUAAAGAAGACAGGCCUCUUUUCUUCUUGACAGGACGGCAUGUUUAACCUUCUUCUUCUUGACAGAGUUGCUUGUUCACCCUGAGGACCAUAGCUGCUGUGACUAACUGUCCAAAGAUGUGUUAAUAUUGUCACUGACCUUUAAAUGGCUUCUAAUUUAGCAGAGAGAACAUAAAACUGACAAACUUUACUAGAAAACAAACUGUAUUUUUUCAUUUUUGAAGGAAAAAUUAAGUUAUAAGGAUUUGGUUAUUCUUUAAGCACGGAAAACUGUAGAUAAUGUAAUAUAUGAGGGGGAGUAGCUGAAGUCUGACAUUAAAUAAUCUUAUGAAGGUUUACUUUUUCUGAUGAAAAAAUAUAACAUGGGAUGAGCAAAAGACUAGUUACUAUAGUAGAAGUGAAUUACUGAAACCAGGUUUGUGAAGUUGCAGAUUUCGGAAUGAGACAUACAUAUUAGAGGGAAAAAAAACUCAGCACACUUCCUACUGUCAGCUAGCUCCAGCAGUGAUCAUUGUAUUAUAAUGCAAUCUAUUAAACACUAAAGAUUUUUAAGUGCUCUGUGAACUAAAAUAAAAUGAUCAUACCAGUUUUUGCAAACAGUUAUAGUGUAAAGUCAGAAAUUUAGUUUUACUAUGUUCAGAAUAAAAUGUUUUAAUGACAGUACCAUUCAGAAUUUACUUUCGUAAAAUCAGUGAAUAGAAUUAAUUUUACAAAUGUAUCCUUAGAGCAGCAGGAAGGUUGCCAGACUGAAAGCAGGCUGAAGAGUUGCCAGCAAGUAACUGGGUUUUAAGUUUUGUAUUGUACUUCAUGCUUCUGACUGGAAUUUUUUUAUUGUCUUAGAGAAGGAAAAUCUCUUGAGUGGUGUCCAGGUAUUAAAAUUAAAUCCAUAACAGUAUAGUAAUACCCAUACUUAUCUCAGUUAUAUUAUUUAUAUUGAUUUUAAAAUGUAAUGUCUUAUUAACUGUGUGUCACAUGAGUACUGUAAACCACAGGGGAGUACCAAAUAAUUGAGUAACCCUAGAUAAAUAUCCAAAAGGCAAGUAAAAGGUGGAUUAGAUUUUGAAGUGUACAAUUGAAAUUAAAAACAACGUGAUCUGGUUACGUGAAGUCAGGAUUUAAUUUUAAGAUAUAUUGUUUGUUUGUAAAAUCAGUAAUACCAAGUGAACUCUUAAUAUUAUAGUACGUAAAAAUUAAAAUAUUGUGAUGUUUGCAGGGGCAAAUUAAGUGUUUUGAAAGUACACAUUGUAGCUUCAGGACCAAACUAGAAAUCAUUUUUUAAAACAUGAUUUAAUACUAAUACAAAAUUCAGCAUCUCGAAGUUGCAGUUUAAGUACUUAUGAUUAUCUUGCUCUUCUGAAAAAUCUGAUAUGAUAGAUUCCAAUUUAGUUUUUUUACCCUCUUUGUCAGUGCUGCCUGCUGAUCAACAGCUCCCUCUCUGCCAGUUGAUCCAUUUGUUAUCUUAUCAGCUAGAACAACAGUCAGUCAAGAGGGGCCUUUAUAUAGACAGGCAGUUUGGGUGGUUUAAAGGUUUUGUACUUUAAACCAAACCAUACGUAUGCUACACAUACUUGGGUACACAAAGGAUAGAUGCAUACAGUGGGCUGAAUGCAUGCUUUUUCCCUCACUUCUAUAAGGCAUAUUGUCUGCAAGUAGCACCACCUCACCCCUGUCUUCAGGCAUGGAUGUUGGUUCCCCUGCCUCAUACAGAAAAUUCACAACCUCCUAAUGUGCUCACAGAGCACCACCUGUCAUCCCAGGAAAUUUAGUAAAUAACUCCCUUUCUCUCCUACCCUCUCCCUGCCUGUUUUCUCUAGUGCCAGAGCCACUAACCGAGUCCCAGUUGCCUGUGUUUUGGUCAAGACUCCAUCCUUGUGCACCAUUGAGCUAGGCUUAGUCCUGGAUUCCAGCACAGUUUAUGCUCGUGGCAGUGGACCCUGCCAAUUCAUGAAGGAAUGUCCAGCAAAGACACUGGUGACUGAAAGAAGUCUUCUGUGGUUCUUCAUUUAGUAUUGAGAAAUAAUGUAAGUCUGCAUAUCAGGUCUUAUGUCUUUGCUGCAUUCCAAAACAAUCAGAGGGCUUGCUGCUCAAAGCCUCACAGCAAGUAUAAACUGGUAGAGCAUACCUGUAGUAUCUAGUCUGCUGUGUAUGCAGCUCCCAAACAAAGAUGUCUGUUCUGGAACCCCAUUGGUAACAGUGAGGUUAUAACAAGUUGUUGUCAUACUUUCACAUUUGAAAGCCACAAUAUUAUAUACAGCAGGGUACCGUGUCAUUUGUUAACUGUGUCCAUUGUGUCCAGUGAUAGGUAACUACUAGUUGUGUUCCUAGCUUGCUGCUCCCUAUUCUGACCUUUUUUUUUUCAUUAGUCAGUCUCCCUUCUGGAUGUUUCAUUUCUGUGUUCAUAGUUAUUAAUUUGUAUUUGUUUUCUGGGUGGGCAUCUCCACAACACUGUAUGUAUUUCCACAUCAUGAUUUCAGGAGUAGAAAGCUCAUGAUGCUGGCUUCAGUAAUAAACUAAUGUCUUUCAGCUUUUCCCAGUUAGGGGUCGCCACAGUGGAACUCCGAUCCGCUAAUGAUUGAAGUG